CAUACGUAGCAACCAGAAUCUAAGCGAUACAGUCAGGGAGAAGGAACAGAAUCCAGAUUAGGAUUAUCUUUGUGGUUCUGGUCGAGCAACCGAACAUGUCCUUCUGUCGGUUCGGUGGAGAGGAAAUCUACAAGGAUCACUUUAAACCAGGGCUGUACGUCUGCUCCCGCUGUCUCCACCCCCUGUUCUCCAGCCGCUCCAAGUUCCCCCACUCGUCUCCAUGGCCGGCGUUCAGAGACACGCUGAGGGAAGACAGCGUCACCAAGAUGAUGGAGACCCUCACCGCCUUCAAGGUUCUGUGUGGGAAGUGUGGCUCCGGACUGGGCCACCAGUUCCUGAACGACGGUCCAGAAAACGGGACAUCCCGGUUCUGAAUCUUCAGCCACUUUAUCCACUUCAUCCCAAACAAAGGUGAGGAGGAGCGUUAGAGACGCUGGUUCUGCUCAGACCGGGUCGGGUCAGAGGGUGACGUGGACGGGGAAAAGCCUGAGAAGGACGCCCUGCCUGCUGAAGAAUCACGGCCAGCUCAGCCUGUAAAAACUGAACUUAUUCUGUUCCUGCUGGUCAGAAACACUUAAAAACAAAUCACAUGUAUCCAGCAGCUCCAGAUCGGCUUUAAUAAAUUUAUUAAACUUGGAAAUGUAAUAAAAAUG